AUGGAGCAAUUUUUAGAGAACAUGCUGACAUACGUGAGUCAAAAGGAGCCUACUCGGCACACGACCACGGCAUUGGAGCGAUACCGACACUUGAGACCCCCUGUGUUCAAAGGAAGGAUUGGUGAUGAUCCUAGCUCAGUCGAGUAUUGGCUUGAGCAGACAGAGAAACUACUUCAACACCUACAAUGCAGUGAAGAGGAGAAAGUGAGGUGCGCAACUUAUAUUUUGGAAGAAGAAGCAGGUCGGUGGUGGCAAUCUACCGAGCGUUCGAUGAUAAGAUCUCAACAAGAACGCGAGGAAGAAGAUGAAGAUGCGCCAGUAUAUACUUGGGCAGGAUUCAAGGAAGAGUUUAAUGCCAAGUAUUUUCCCAAGAGUUGGAAGGAAGAAAGAAUCUGGGAGUUUAUGAGACUCAAGCAGACUGACGAGAUGUCUGUGAAUCAAUACGACAACCGAUUCACUCAGCUGAUUAAAUACAUGCCUGUGUACGAAACCGACGAAAGUCAGAAAGCACAGAAGUUUGUUUUAGGAUUGCAAGUAAGUCUUCAACAAGUGUUAAGCGGAUGGGACAUUGACACUUACAAGGAAGCAUUACAUCGAGCUCUGACUAUUGAAAGAAACCUGACAAGGGUGAAAAUAAUCAAGACUGAAAAAGGAAGCAAGGGCAGCAAGUCGGGAAAUGUAACAACUCAAUCUAAGGAUGAUGGGAAAUGCCCUCGGUGUAAGAAGAAGCACUUUGGAAAAAAAUGCAUCAUGAAAUGUUAUGCCUGCGGCGAGGAAGGCCACAUUGGAAGAAAUUGCCCGAAGAUCAAAGGAACGCCCCAAGUUGGGUACCAGGGGAAAGUGGUGUGCUACAAUUGUCGGCAACCGGGGCAUAUCUCGCGGGAGUGCCCAAAGAGACAAAAGAUGGAACCGCCAAGCGGAGAAGCAUCGAAUGUUCAUCUUGGCCGAGUGUACAAUCUGACUUGUGAGGAUGCUGAGGCCGAUCCUACAGUAAUUAAAGGUACACUGUUCUUUUCAAACAUUCCAGUUCAUGCUUUAAUAGAUCCGGGUGCUACGCAUUCGUUUGUUUCGCAUGCAUCAAUAGAAAGUCUAAAGCUGGAACCUAGGAAGUUAGGUUAUCAAAUGUUAAUAGCUUCACCUAUGGGUUUAACCCUAGAGAUAGCAGUAGGAUGUUAG